UUCCUACAUUGAUACAAUUACAAACUCAUUGGAUUUAGAGAAAAAUAACACUGUUGAUGGUGGUAACAACUGACAACUUCACGAUCUCUCAAGUCUCAACUCUUCAUUUUCUUUCUUCAAUUCUCUCGUCGCCUCAUCUUCUCUAAUCCACCAUUUUCUCUCUCCAGAAUCUUUCACUGUUUACAGAAAAACAGCGCCCGCAGAACUUGAAGAAGAUUAAAGGGAGGAGAGAGAAAAAGGAGAAUCGAGAAAAAAAAGCCAAAAAAAAAGUAGCAAUCCAUCAAUCAAAUCAAUCAAUCACUAUUUCACUAUUUUUUCGUAUUCUUCUAAUCUUUCGUCCGAUUCAAAAACAGUUAAGAUAAGAAGUGAUUACCAAUUACCAAUUACAUACAUAUCAAUCGAAAUUGAUUUUCGAUUCUCAUGAUAUAAUUCAAUUGAUUCCUAAAAAUGAUUUCCACACUAUUCUAAAACCCUAAUUCCUCUAUUUUUUCAACCUAAAAUUCUCCCCAAUUAUGGCGCAAACUGAAGUAUAUGCGCCAAAAUCAGGUCAAUUAUGGAAAACAGUAUUGAAUUGGUUAGCGUUCUUGUUUCAGAUCUUUGUUCAGAUCGUUAAAGGUACUCCUUCUAUGGCUCAAGUAUUCAAUAGCAUCGGAUUCAGCCAUGGCGGACAAACUUCGUUUCUCUCUCCUCCCUCUUCUUCUCCUGGUUUUAAACCUUUGCCUGUUGUUGAAAUUCCUCUUCAUAGUUCUUCUGCUACUGCUGUUGAUAUUGGCGUGGAUGAUGAUGCUGAAGUUGGAGAUUCGGUUGUUUCGCCGUCGGAUAAGCUCACGGUCGUUCUUGAUUUGGAUGAAACACUAGUCUGUGCAUACGAGACGUCUAGUUUGCCACCUGCACUUUGCACACAAGCGACUGAAGCAGGUUUGAAAUGGUUUGAGCUGGAAUGCGUAUCAUCAGACAAGGAAUGUGAAGGGAAGCCCAAAAUCAGUUAUGUCACAGUGUUUGAGCGUCCUGGAUUGCAUGAGUUCUUGGUACAACUUAGUGAAUUUGCAGAUUUGAUUCUUUUCACAGCUGGACUUGAAGGUUAUGCUAGACCUCUUGUUGACAGAAUUGAUGCUGACAAUCGGUUCAGUCGUCGUCUAUAUCGGCCAUCAACUACUAGCACGGAAUACCGGGAUCAUGUGAAGGACCUAUCUUGCAUCUCUCAGGAGCUAUGCAGAGUAGUUAUUGUCGAUAACAAUCCAUUCAGUUUCUUAUUACAGCCACUAAAUGGGAUUCCAUGUGUACCAUUUUCUGCAGGACAACCACAUGAUGAUCAGCUUCUUGAAGUGUUACUUCCGAUCCUCAAGCACCUCUCACUUCAGGAUGAUGUUAGGCCAGUCUUGUAUGAAAAGUUCCAUAUGCCCGAGUGGUUCCAAAAGCACGGAAUUCAUACCCCUUGUUGGACAUUGUAGUGGCAGCCUGAAGAGCAUUAUUCUUUGGCUGGUAACCUAUGCAUUUUGGAAGCAAUGUAUUCAUUGAACUUGUAUAGUGAAGAGGUGAUUUAUCAGACUUAAAUUUCUUCAGCCUCAACGAAAAAUUCAGUGCUAAGGUUGUGAUAAAACUCAUUGUAUUUUGUUUCCUCUCCUUUUUGUAUGUAGCUUUGUGAGAGUAGAUUUUUCUGUAACUUUGUAUGCUUUAGAUGUCACCCAUUGUAGUUCUGUAAGUUUCAAAUCUUGUAUGUAUGCUCAUUUUUAAAGAUAAUAAAUACUUCUAUAUAUAUGCAGUUUCAGUUU